GUUUUAUCAUACACACAGCAAUUUCGAUCAUGUUUGUUUUUCUCAACGAAACGAUGAAAAGGAAAAAAAUACGUGAGAGUAUAGUCGACGAGGAAAAAAAAAAGGAAAUUGUGAUGUUGUCGAUAAAAGUAUAAAAACAAAAAGAAAAAAAAGAUUUCUAGGCGUCGCAAAAGUGUCGUUUCAUGAAAAAUUGUUCAGAAUUAUUAUACGUGUGUGUGCACGCGCGCGUGUGUAUACGUGGUAUUUGUUAGAAUGAGAACGGGUGAAAGGGGAGGGAUAUAGAGAGAAAGAGAGAUAGAAAGAGAAAAUUUCGAGGCGUCGCUGAGAGAUCCUCGAUCAAAGGACGAGAGAGAAGGAUCUCUCUCCUCCUUCUUGCUGUAGCAGGAAAAAAAGCUGUUGGCUCCUGCGAGAGAGUCGACAGAAUCGAUAGACGCACAUGCGCGCUCAAGGCAGCAGGAGCCGAGUACGCGUUCUAUCCCUCUUUGCAAAAGUGAGAGAGCAAGUGUUAGAGUGAGUGAGUGAGAGAGAGGAUGAGAACGUGUGCGCGCAUACGAACGUCACAAGGAGGGAAUUGAGAAAAUGAGAGAGAGAGAGAGAGAGAGAGAGAAUGAGAGAGAGUAAGAGAGAGGGCGAGGGACAGAACACCGCUCGACUCCACGUUGAAUCCCCUCGCUGAUCAGCAUCCAGUAUCCACUCGUACCACUACGACGGCAAGGAGGAAUCCUCCUCUCCUCGUCGAUCCUUUUCGUGCGUUUGUUGUAACAAGUUUUUUCAGAACAAACGAUUACGAUGAUCGAUUUUUAGAUAAUAAUCUAAAUCACGUAUGCAACUUUAAUCAAAUUGUCUCAUAGAGUUGACAAUCAAAACUUGUUGGAUAAGACAAUUAAAACUGGACAUGUUCUAUGGAAUUUAUAAAGGAGGACAUCCUCGGUUUCAUUAUUUUGCGAUGACGAUUUGUUGUAUUCGUAGGAUAUGAUUGGAUUUUGUUUUUGUGAAAAGUGUUCGGUUUCGUUUGAAUGAUAAGAAGAAGAAGAAGAAGAAUAAGUACGAUGAGGUGGUUUUUUAAAAAUAAUAUCCUCUUAUCCACCGUCAAUGUUGAAGUAAUGGGAGAUACUUCUGUUAACUGCGUCCACGUGACUUUCCGUAAGAUCGAUCGGUAAUACGAUAACAUUGAUAAUAGAGGAGGUAUCUGAGAGGAAGAAGAAAAUGUUAGGUUGUUGUACGAUCAAAGAAUAGCGGAAGUUAACCGAGAUUGGUUUUAACAGCAACGUGCACAGAUGGACAGGCUGUUCCGAUGGAAAAGCCACAAGGCGCACGACCUCGGUCUUGAUAAUGUGAGCUCGGCAACCCUCAGGCCCUUCAACUCGGACAUUAAUACUCCGAGAAUCGACAGCUACAGGUUUUCUAUGGCAAAUCUUGAAGAUUCCCAAGAUGUCGACUUGGAUGCAAUACUCGGUGAACUGUGCGCAUUGGAACGACGUUGCGACGGCGAUAUCGCAGCCACUACUCCAGCUCAGGAUUCUCAGAGACAGAGUCGUCCCAAUAACGGAAGGAUCACUGCUACAGAUAACACGGACAUCGGCAAAAACGAGGGUGGUAUUCGUACGGAUAGUCCAGACAAUGACAGCGCAUUUUCGGACACCGUUUCGAUGUUGUCCAGCGAAAGUUCAGCGAGCAGCAGUGGUUCUGGACACAAACCACCACAAACCGCCAUUCAUACGGCUUCUCAACAGCAACCGCAUCAACAUAUGGAUGCCGCGGGAAGAGCAAAAGCUGAGAAAAUACGACUUGCACUGGAAAAAAUGCGAGAGGCCAGUGUUCAAAAGCUAUUCAUCAAAGCUUUCACAUUAGAUGGCAGUGGGAAAAGUCUCCUAGUAGAUGAAGGAAUGAACGUUGGUCUCGUUACUAGGCUUCUUGCAGAUAAAAAUCACGUGCCAAUGGAUCCAAAGUGGGCAGUUGUCGAACACUUGCCAGACCUUUUUAUGGAACGAGUAUACGAGGAUCACGAGCUAUUGGUAGAAAAUUUGUUACUUUGGACUAGAGACUCCAAAAACAAAUUGCUCUUCGUUGAAAGGCCUGAUAAAAAUCAACUGUUCUUCACUCCUGAAAGAUUCCUGUUAGGUCAUUCGGACAGAUGUUGCAACGAAUACGACGAUCAUUCUCGUAAUAUGCUUUUGGAAGAAUUUUUCACAAGUAUCAACGUUGGCGUUCCUGAGGUUGAGGGACCAUUGUAUUUGAAAUCAGACAGUAAAAAAGGUUGGAAAAAGUAUCAUUUCAUACUUCGUGCAUCUGGACUUUAUUAUUGGCCAAAAGAAAAGGCUCGUACUGCGAGAGAUCUCGUAUGUUUGGCUACAUUUGAUGUAAAUCAAGUUUAUUACGGUGUCGGUUGGAAGAAAAAGUAUAAGGCACCGACAGAUUUUUGUUUCGCUAUUAAACACCCGAGAUUACAGCAACCAAAAUCAACUAAGUUUAUCAAAUUUUUAUGCGCGGAAGAUAAUGCGUCUUUGGAAAGAUGGAUGGUUGGGAUUAGGCUUGCCAAAUACGGUAGACAACUAAUGGGUAACUACAGGGUUGUAAUGGAUGAGAUUGCACAGGAAGACCUCGAUCUAUUGGCACACGCGAGAUCAUGCUCGGUCAGCUCGAUUGCCGUGCCACCUAAUCAAACUCAAUAUAAUACUACCAAUGACAAUGCUAGACAAUUCAUCGAAAAUGCAAGGCACGAGACACAAGCUACGACGAGGCAAUACGAUAGUCAAAGGCAAAGUUACAAUUCGGAACAGAGGCAGAGUUACAAUAACGAUGGAAGGCUUAGCAGAGCCAGUAGUUCCAGUUCCAGCGGUUGUUUGUCCGAUGGAGCACCGAGUAGUUGUGAGGUGGCUUUCGAGUGUGGUGAAUUUCCAACGGGAACGAUUAAGCGAAAACCUUCCAUGAACCCAAAACUUCCUCUAACAUCGAUAACGAGGCAAUUGAAGGAAGUCGGAGAAACGGUACGCGACGAGCCAGAUUCUUGUCCGAGCCCAACCAGCUCCGGUUCGGGUACCCUAACCCGAAGACACAGUCGUAGAAGAAGUGGCACUGAUUCGGACGGAUCAGGUACUUUGAAAAGACAUCAUAGAUCUGGUAAUGCAACCCCAGUUAGUCCUGUACCACCUGGAACGCCGGUGAGGGAAAGGGCCAGCCCUAUGGGAUAUGGGAGAACGGAGAGUCAAGAGUCCAAGACACCGACCAGUCCUAUACAACCGUGUAUGAUGGAUUCUAUCACAUCUCUGCCACCUCCACCGUCCCCAUCGAGAGUCGCCGAAGAAGGGGAAUCCGAUAGCGAACCAUUACCACCACCACCCCCAGAAAUGUUUCGUUCGAAUCUCUCUCUGGAUUCUUUACCACCACCACCAGGACUGGGCGAACUUCCAGUAUGCAACACGCCAGAGUUGACUGGUUCUUCGUUGAGUCUUGCUUCCUUACCACCACCACCGAGUCCACUUGUUGGUGAGACCGGUACGAUACGUCGCGCGAGACCAAAAACAUCGAGUAGUCCGUCGAAUUCGAUGACUCCCGAAAACACGCCCACGCAUACUGCGUCAAGACCAUCUAACAGUAGCAAUCAAAUAUAUACAAGCAUCCCACAAAAUACUUCUUCUGCCCUACAAAACAGUCAGAAUUAUGAAAGCGGCAGUAAUGCGACAGGUGCAUCAGCAAACUCGUCGGCUUCUCCACACAGUUCCUAUCCUGGCUCGAGUGCCAGCACACCGACUUACGCACCAAGUUCGCCGAGUUUCACGUCACCGCCACCCUUCGUCCCACCCCCAGCUUACGGUACACAAACACAACACGUUGGGACGCAAAGUUUGACACGACAGAAUUCGAAAUCCGAGUCGAUUUACGGGAGUAGUCACCAGAGCGGGCACAAUACCGUACCUAAUCCGAUCAGGCCGAAUCCGAACAUGGACACGGUCAGAAGGAGUGCAAUGAAACAGGGUACGAGUCAUUACGCUGCCCCGCCCUAUCUCGCCGAGUUGAAAGCUGCGUCGAGUCCUCAACCGCAACGUCGAGUGACCAUUCAAGAACCACCGACGUCACCCAAGUCAAAAACUGGCACGGGUAAAAAGAUCUCGUUCAAUUUACCAGCUCAACAAGAGCCCGGUAGUCCAGCGUUACCGCUAAGAAAACCGAUGCCACCGAGAAGAUCCGAUAGUACGCGAUUGACGUCCCCUAAAAAAUUAGCCGCAUCUGAUCAAGCACCGCCAGGUGACUUUUUGAAGGAUCUCCAACGAGUCAUGAGAAAGAAAUGGCAGGUUGCACAAAAGUGUAAACUCGACUCGACCACAACUCCGCACGAAGUCUUAGGUUUCCGAGAUCCACCACCAGCCGUUGCUGAUUACAGAGAAACCAACGUAUCCAAUUGGGUACAGGAACACUACGGAGUUGACAAUCUCUACGAAAAUGUCUACACGACGGAUCCCCAUGCACCCCUCGAAUACGCGUCGAGUCCUGCUCGUCAAGCAACCGUCAGAUUCGCCGAUGAAAAUCGUAGCAUUAAUAUCGUCAAUGCCAUUGCUAGUAAAAGGAGACCACCACCACCUCCACCCAAAAGGGCAGAAACCACGCAUUUGACCACGACUAGGGCGAUGCACUGACAAUAGCAGAUAAUACAACCUCAUCCAGAGAGGCGAUGGUAUUGCUGCUUGUGCGGCUGGUGGAAGGAUUAAAAAAAGGACAAAUUUUUGUAGAUUCUUCCAUCUUUCAUUUUUUCAUUCGUGGUAUCAUCCUGCACAACGUUUAACAACGUUCGUUGUUGCUUCGCCUCGCUGAACAUAAUUUGUUUAAUCUAAUGGGAAAUAUUCUUCAAGCUUAGCUUCGUUGGUCCUUGUCAAAUACGUUUCACGAUAGCAAUGUGCUGCCGAUAAAGAUUUUCUUUUCUCAGAAUAACAUGACGCUGAUUCCAACGACUUGGACGAUACGAGCAUAAUAAUUCCUACUUUGAUAUCGUAAAAAUAUUUGAUGUCAAUUAUCUCAAAGCGCCAGGAUCAAACUAAAGUCCAAUUAUGACACGCGUUAUUUAUUCGUUCCAAUUUUUCGUGAUGUCGUCCUGCUUGAUAAACUUUUAUGUUUAUCCUUUGAUACAAUUUUUGAAACUAGUUCGGUGGAGCACAAAAAGAAAAAAGAAAAGGAAAAAAAAGGAAAAUGCUGAUCACUGCCGAAAAACCUCAUUUAUGAAAAAGAGAAUUAUAAAAAUGAUGUCGUGCUUUAAAUGCUCCCCCAUUUCAAGGUCAUUACUUGACACGUAGAUGAAACAGUGCUGUACUGUGUUUAACUGCAUUUAAACUGCGUUUAAGGAUGUGAUAUACGUAAAAUAUCAAGCUUGGAUCCUGCCUGUUUGCUAAAAGUAAAAAAGAAAAACGAAAAAAAGUAAAAAAGACUAUACUCGUAUAGUAGAAAUAAAAGGAAGAGUCUUAGCCGAAAUAAUAUUUUGCGAGAUUCUAAUAUCUAAUGCUAAUGUGCAUCGUUUCGCUUGAUAUAAAACAAAAAAUAUUAGACAAAAAAAAAGGGUUCGGUGUUUAAUCUCGCAAUUCCGAAUCAUUUAUUAUAUAUGUUUUUUGGUUCUUAUAUUUUUUGGUUCUUAUGUUUCUUAUUUUAUUUUGAUAACCAAGGUGCUUUACAAUGCAGUUAGUAAAAGAUACUGAAAAAAAUAAAAGAAAUUAAUAACGUGGGAAAAUAAAUAAAAAUUGAUAGAACAGUUAGUGCGACGUUGUGUAACGUUGACAGCGCUUAAUUAAUUAAUGAAAUCGAUUGAUUGAUUGAUUGAUUGAUUGACAGAUAAAUGAUCCUUUAUACAUACAUAGGUAAUAUAACGUGUAUAUAGAAACUAAUACAUAUGUGUGUUUAUAUUCGAUAUAAUUGACAAUGAUGCUGUGUAUGUUAGGUAUACCGUAUCCCUUUCGAAAUACGUUCUUAAUGAAUAACGUGGACACGAUUGGAUUAGGAAUAAAAUUUUAAACAAAUAAAAUAAAAGGAAAUAUAA